AUGCAGAGCCAAAGGAUCAAGCCGAUUGGAAAGACUUUGGUCGUCGACAACCCUAGCCGCUCGACGUUGAAUGCGGUCAAAUUCGCGCGAAGACUGACAUUCAAUGAUCAUUCUGCGCUCGACCUGCAGUUGAAAGGUAGUGUUCACGAAGUCUCGAAUAUGUCGACUAAGAAAGAAAAGGUUGGGAUUGUUGGGAGUGGAUUGAUUGGACGUUCAUGGGCGAUGCUGUUCGCUUCGGUGGGAUAUCAAGUAACUGUCUUUGAUAUCGUGCCCCAACAAGUGACAGACGCGCUCGAUGACAUCAAGGUGCAACUAAAGACAUUGGAAAAGGAUGGUCUUCUGCGUGGAACCCUCAAUGCUGACCAGCAAAUUAAAUGCAUCAAAGGGUCGUCAGACUUAGCUUCCGCUGUUAAAGAUGCUAUAUUCGUCCAGGAAUGUGUACCAGAAAAUUUGGACCUGAAAAGAAAAGUUUUCCAAAAUCUCGACAGUGUCGUGGAUGAUAAUACUAUUCUAUCAAGCUCGACCAGUACCACUUUGCCGUCAUUGUUUUCCGAAGGGAUGAAGCAUAAAUCACAGGUUAUCGUCUCCCACCCCGUGAACCCACCUUAUUAUGUGCCAUUAGUUGAAAUCGUACCUGCACCAUGGACGAAACCUGAAGUAGCGAAGAAAACUCGAGAAAUUAUGUUGGAGAUUGGUCAAGAACCCGUUUCACUAUCGAGAGAACUCGAUGGUUUUGUUCUAAAUCGAAUUCAAUACGCCAUUUUAAAUGAAGUUUGGCGUUUAGUCGAGGGAGGCGUUGUAGACGUUCAGGACGUGGACAAAGUUAUCUCCGAGGGUCUUGGCAUGCGGUACGCGUUUCUUGGCUCCCUUGAGACUGCUCAUUUAAACGCUGAAGGAAUGAAAAGCUACAUUGAAAGGUACGGUGAAACCAUAUACCAUGUGAGUCAAACGAUGGGUGAAAUACCGAGGAUGACACAGAGCAAGGGUGCGACCUCGAUAUGUGAGCAAUUGAAUGCCAUGGUGCCUUUGGAUCGCCUGCCAGAAAGACGCGCGUGGCGUGAUGCCUGCCUCACCCGCCUCGCCUUGCUAAAGAAGGAAAUGAACAAAAACUAUAAGAAG